AGUUGUCUCUGAUUGAGAAUCAUACUUAGGUAGCCUGGGUUUCACUGCUGGUUUGUGGGUGUUUGUUGCCACACGGUACUGUUUCGGUUUUUGUAGAUUUCACGUUAAUCGUUUGAGUGUUCAUUUGUCUUUAUUAAAAACAUUAUGGACACUUACCACGCUGCAUCUUGGUCCGAUACUUACUCCUCUUCAGACGAAGAGGAGAUCUGCCGUUACAGGAACAUUGCCUUUAAAUUUAAAUCGCUCUAUAGUAUGGAUCUUCUGCAGUAUGGAUUUCAUCUUAACCUACUACAAUAACCUAACCAUAACAUGGUGAGAACUAAAGCUAAAUAUGCUACGAAGCAUGUACAGAAGUUCAGAGACACCUGGAAAUCUCUAUUUGCAGAAGAUUAAGAUAAGCAUCAGCUGUUUUCUUCCUUUACUCAUCUUUCAUAGACCUGUUUUACGACGCAAGGGAGGAAGCCACUCGAUAACAAACAAUAACUUUCGAAAAACAUAUGUUGCAAUGGUCAGUCUGAGUAAAGGUUUCAUUCUGUGGCCGUCCUCUUCCCCCUAGGAGUCUGCCGCCUACACUCAUCCUGAACAUGCUGUGGCUGGCUGUAUAUAUAUAUAUAUAUAUAUAUAUAUAUCUCUGUCUGAUCUCUGCUACCAUCUAGUGUCUCCAGUGCAUCUCAACACCAACGAAUAAGGAAAACAACCACUGGUUCCUUGUUCUAGUCCCGAACACCUUGGUGUUUUCAGAUCUCUAGGAACUGGAUAGAUAUGAGUUCCAUUAAGUCCAUUACCAAUCACCAUAUUGCUUACACUUAUCCAUUCUCUUCAGAUCUGAAAGUGGUGUCCUGGGAGAAGAGGCUAAUAUGGGCUCGGGGUCAUUUUCAGACUGGACAAGGCAAUGUCACAUUGUGAAGGUUACAAGGACACCUACAGUAUGUUGUGUAUGGGCCCUGUGUGACUGGGUCUUAUGGACUUCAGGCCUUACUCCGAUGAGUGCCGGAUGCUAGCGAAUGGAGUGUAGGGUUUCUGCUUGUCUAUUGUUGCCAGUGUAAGCUGAUCUGUUACCUGCUCCCUCAAUACAGGAAUGCGAGCCUGGUUCGCCUGUGUGUGUUAUCGUGUGCACGUGUGUUUGAUUGUGUACGUGGUAGGGCAGAGAGGCAGAGGGCCCAUCCCAUCGGCCCAAUAGAUGAGGAUAAUAAGCUCGCUCUACCCCUGAGAACCCCACUGUUCUCUGUGGCCUCUAAUAUGUAACACACUCCAUUGACAGGCCUAUGAGUGUGAGUUCACGGGGACGGGCAGCCUGAAAUAUUAAACGGCCUGAGGAGCCGCUGCAGGCUCAAAUUGUUUGCUCAUCAUUAGAGCAGCUUCUGUGGAAGAGUAGAGCUGAACAACAGGGGAGAUAAAGGAAGGAAGACCUACCCUCCAGGGGAUUGUACUAGAGACAACACGAACUAGACUAUGUAAUAAGCUCAUCACUCUACUAUCUGACCCUAUACUGUAGUGUCGAUUUAGUUUGUCAGUAAAGGAGUACACUGGACUGGUCCUGGGACGGAGGUUGCUUUGAAAACAGAAGUCAUGGCAGGUCUCCAGGGAACUACCAAGGACCUUUAGGAGGUUUGGAGGACAAACCAGAAGGAUGGAGGAGGAAGCCCCAGUACCUGAUGCUCCAGACUUUCAUGCCCCAGAAGCCCCCGCAGAGGCCCCAGAAGAUCCCCCUGUAGAGAGUGGUGUGUCGGCCGGAGGAGUUCCACCAUCCAGAGACAGCCGUAAACUGGACUGUAUCAUCUGCUUCUGUGCCUUCAACCUGGCUGAGAGGCUGCCACGCAAGCUCUACUGCGGCCACACCUUCUGCCAGGCCUGCCUGAGACGCCUUGACACCAUCCUCAAUGAGCAGAUGUGGAUCCCCUGUCCACAAUGCCGGCAGAACACUCCGCUACCUCGCGGGGGAGCUACAGCCCUGGACCUCGACCUAGCAGCCUUCCUGGGGGUCAAGGCUGACUUGGACAGCCAGAGGUCCAGCCCCCAGCAGGGAGGAAGAGAACUAGGCAACCAGCUGGAGCUAAAGCCCUCCUUUGGGAAGCAGCCCAUCAUAGAGCAGCCUCAGGCCACCUGGAACCAUGGAGGACUGGCUGAGCCUCGCUUCCACAGGAGCCCUUGCUGCAGGCGCUUCUUCUGCUGCUGGUGGUGCUGCUAGGAUGCCCAGUCAUGUAUGAAUGACAAGAGUUUUUAAAGCAUCUAGGCAGCAGCUUUCCCAUUACAGUGCCAGCUGUAAUGUAAUAGCUGUAAUGUAAUAGGAAUGCCUGGGCUUCCAAGGCUAAAACAAUGGAAAAUAUAGGUUAUAACUAGGGCCUGACUGCGUGAUCUGACCAAGGAAAAAUGUACUACUGAAAAAAGAAACACUGCUGGGGAGAACAGUGUUCACGAGACUGACAAAGUUGUGUGGGGGACAACAUUUUUUCCCCACAUCGUGAGAGAAAGAACAUUUCAGGACUCAAAAUGGGACGCUGGAUAAAGACCUCAAUGACCUCACCUACAACCGAAAGACUCCUCUACUGCCUCCUUUCAACUAUGCAGUUGGACAUAUAGGCUAUUAGUACCUUGACUGUUGAAAGUCCAUUAUUUUAUACACACUUCGUUGAGUUAUAGUAUAAUUUAUCUAGCCGCUCUAGAAUCUCCCAUUAGUGUUCAAUUGGGUUGAGAUCUGGUGACUGAUAGUCAUCAAACCAUUCAGUGACCACUCGUGCCCUGUGGAUGGGGCAUUGUCAUCCUAUAGUAAGCCAUGGUAGCUCAAAUAUAUGCCUGUCCAGCAUUUUUUAUGCAUGACCCUUAAUUAAUUUACAAACCACACCGGUGUGGAAGCACCAGCCUUCAAUAUACUUCAUAUCCCUCAUUUACGUGUUUCCAUUAUUUUGUAUGUAACCAUUUUGUCAUGUGAAAGUGUAAAAGAAUGAAAGAAAAUAUGGAGUU